AUGGACCCGAGGCAGCCAUCGCAACAUCCGUUCUCUCGAAACGGUGCCUCACCGUUCAGUCGAGCGUCUUUUCCGCCGACGCCGGCCACAGCAACCUCGCAACCGCCCUACCCGCCCUCCGCAUCACACCCGCCUGCAACCGCCAGUUCGUACUCCGAUGUGCACGCCCGAAAGCCCUCUGAUGCGCCACCCUAUUACCCUCAUUCGAGACAAUAUUCUGCUGAACACGGACCCGCCGCCAUGCCACCCUCGGCCCAUUCUCGCCAUCACAGCGCAUCUUCGAUCACGUCCGGACCGCCCGUGACUCGCGGGAUGCCACCUCCCAACUCACCGCCCCAGCAACAACCACAACAGCAACAGGGUCAGGCGCCAAGCAGCCAUCAGAUGGGGACAUCAUACGGCCUUCCGCAGCCGCGCCCGCCUCCGUCUGCCGCUCCUUCUCAGUACCCUCCAGGGCCCACUUCUACGGCCCCUGGUCCGCCUUACAGCCAGUCCUUGCAUGCGUCACCACGGCCGCAGCCAACCACGGUGUCCGAAUACAACGCGUUCCGACGCCCCCAGACACCGGAUCACCAUCGCUUGUACGAGAACCGCGACCCGAGAACGGUCCCCGCCGGCUCGCCUCCCGCCUCGGCCUAUCACUCGACUCCCGAGUUGCAACGCUAUGGAACACCGCAGGCGUAUCCUCCACGAGGGCCUCCGCUCCCCCCCGCCGAGCAAACAAGAGAAUCGGGAAGGUUACCUGGCGGCGCGGUGCCCCCCCGGCCAAUGAGCCCUUCAAGGCAGUAUUCGAACGCUGGCCCGCCGCGGCCGGUUGAGGCGGGCAGGCCGCCAACCGACAUGUACGCGCACAGGGAUGAACCACGGCCAUCCGAAGAGUACAAUCCGGAGCGUCCCAUCAGGGUGAUGAAGUUUGAAGAGCAAAGGUACAUGUCGGACAGGGAGCAGAGGGAACUUCGUGAGAGGGAGUAUCGCGAGAGGGAGCGUCGGGACAUGGCCAUGAGCGGAGUCGAGCAUCGAGCACAUGGGAUGCAUCAGCAGGAUUACGCGCGGCAGAUGGAACAGCGGGCACAGCAGUACGGUCGCCCCCUAGACCCUAGAGACUGGCAUCGACCUGGGUACGAGCCGGCACGAACCCCGUAUGACCCGGCCAUGCACCCCGCGAGGCACCAAGAGUAUCCGCCCAGCACGGGGCCUCACUACGGGCCACAUCCAUAUGCGUCAGGACCAGUCGACCGCCAUCCCCCUCCGCACCCGCAUCACCAGCAUGGCCUGCCUCCUCCAGGUCCGGCCCAUCCGCAGACCUACGAAUCUCCAGACCGCCAGCGCAUGGGUGCUGUGCACAUGGACCGGCCCCACCCGCAGCAGCCCCCUUCACGCAGUCGAGAGGAGGCCACUGGCCCCCCUCCCUCGGUUGCCUACGGCAGCAUGGGCCCUUCGAUGUACGAGCAACCGCGGAACCGAAGCAUUGAAGAGAUAAGCACUCCCCACGGCCACCAGCGCAACCUGCUUGGAGUCCAGGAGAUGAACCGCAAAGGGCGGAUUUCUCCUCUCCCACAGGCUGUACAGGGAGCUCAGCCGCAGCUCGCCGGUCCAGCUGGUGAACCAGGGAUCAAGAGCGAAUUUGGGCGCAUGUUCUCCGGCAUAGGAACCGGGGUUGGCACCCUCUCGAGCCCGAUCCCCGCAGGGGCUCAGCUUGCCUAUGGCGGUGCUAGCUUGCUUCGACGCGAGGACUUGGAUGCGCAAGAGCCGCCAGCGGAGGUGGCCAAGACGACAGGCCGGGGCAAGCGGAGGAAGCUGAAGGAAGAAGACGAGGAGGGCAGCAACGGUAGGCUCACGCCCGUCGGGGGGCGGGCCAAAAAGGCCAAAGGACACCACCAUCACCAUCAUCAUCAUCACCACCACCAUCAUAACUUGGAGCAGGUUGCGUCUCCCGCGCUUGUCGGCGGCGCGCCUUUCCGGAACAUCAAGGGCUCCACGCCGGUGCCCUCGCCAACAUCCACGCUCGCCAAAGACCUGCCAGGUGGGCACCAUCACCACCACCACCACCAUCACCAUGCAGCUCCUCGUGGCCCCCAGUCCAACGCUGGGGCUGCUCCACCGCCUCGGAGCCCGUCCCCUGUCGUUCUCCCCAAACCGAAGCAGGUCGUUUCGUCGAAGCUUGUCCUCGACAGUGUCGCGGAUCGCCCACGCAGCCACCUCGGUGAUGUCGUGUACGAGCCGAUCCUGAAGCGCGCACGGUUGCAGGAUCCGCGUACCGGACGGCCGCCGCGUAGCGGUUACAAGUCGACCCCGAAACCUUUGCCGUGGCAUCUGAUCGAAGGCAAAGAGAACUGUACGCUGACCAUGAAGAUUGGCAAGGAGCAUCUGACGUCCUCCGCGCGCGAGGAAAUCACGGCCCGGCGGGCGCUCUGGGGUACAGACAUCUACACGGACGACUCGGACGUGAUUGCGGCAUGCAUCCACGCCGGCUGGUUCAAGGGCGAGUGGCCCGACGACGUGGACGUGAGCCUGCUCGGACUCGACGAGGGGUACAGCGUAUCCGACGUACGGGGCCUGUUCAGCACCACCCAAGGCAACGGCUCCAAACAAACCAAGCUGCCGUCCUACCACGAAACCACCCAAGUGACCAUCCUGUCGGAGCCGCCCAGGAACGGGCCCAUGCCGGUUCCCGAAAACCGUGACCUGCACGUCACGCUCCUGAUCCUCCCGCGCCUGGAAAAGUACGCCUCGACGACGCGCUUCGGCAUCAGGUCCCGUGAGUUUGGCGGGCCGGUCGGCAGCGAGGAAUUCCAGCAGCGUUCCGUCCACGACGGGCUCAGCUUCAUGGUGAUUGGGCUGCGCUGGCUCACCAACGGGGCCGCGGCGCAGAACAGGCUGCGCGGCAAGGCGCGGCGGGAGAGGAUCCGCAAGGCGCUGGCCGAGGUGGCGCGCACGCCUGCGUGGCUUAGCCGGAUGUCGUUGAAUGGGAAUGGCGGCGCUGGCGGCGCUGGCGAGAAUGGAGCAGGGGAGGGAGGGCUUGGGUGGUGGAAGAAGAGUGUUAGUGGGUCGCCGAGUGAGGGGGAUAAGGAGAAUGCGAAUCGGGAGGAGAGUCGAGAGAAGCGGGUCGGGAUGGAGGAGAGUCGGGACAAGGAGGAGGGAAAUCUAGUGAAAGGUACUUUGGAGGGGGAUCAGCAGGGUGGUGCUGGGAUGGGAGAGGGGCAGGCAGAUGCGGCAGCGGAACCUGCUGCUGAGGAGAGGAGUGCCUCUGCCGCGCAGAAAGAGUCUGAGGAAAAUCCGGCUCGGGAUGGCUUGGCGGAGGCGUCCAAAGACGUCCUGACGCAGGAGGAACAGACGGUUCAGGAGGCAGUGGAGUCUGCUGCUCGGGAGGAACCUGAGCUUGCUCAGAAGGAGAAGCCCGCCGAGGCAUGA